AUGGCCUGCGCGAGCGACGCGCGGCUGCCGCUGGGCCGGGACGCGCUGCGCCCAGCACCCGCGCUGCUGGCCCCCGCCGUGCUGCUGGGCGCGGCCCUCGGAGUGGGCCUCGGCCUCUGGCUCGGCCGCCGCGCAGGCCGCCUGCGCCCGCGGCUCCAGAAAGAAGACAAUCAAAGUCUGCUCAAGAAUCUGGAGUGUGACACCCAGACCCCCCCGGAAUCCGGCUCCCCACCACGGAGGAGGAGAAGGGAUGCCCAGACGUCCCACGACGAGGAGGCCCUGGCUGAGUGUGAGCCAUCUCUCAGCAGCAACAUCACAGCCUUUGCACUCAAGGCCAAGGUCAUCUACCCCAUCAAUCAGAAGUUCCGGCCCCUGGCCGACGGCUCCUCCAACCCAUCUUUGCAUGAGAACUUGAAGCAGGCUGCUCUGCCGCACCAGCCCAUGGAGGCCUCCCCGUCCAGCAGCCUGGCCAGCCUGAGCCAGGCCGAGAAGGACGACGCCAGCUCCUCAUCCAGCGUCCACUCGGCGGCCAGCGACGACAGGCUCCUCAGCCGUACCUUCCUGCGCGUGCGCUCCUUUGCCGAGCUGCUGGCCUGUGAGAGCGUGGACAUCGGCCUGUGUGUGUACAGCCUUCACCUGAGGACCCUGCUGCAAGUGGACGCUGCACUGAGGCAGGAGGAGCGCAUGAUGUUCAUGCAGAUUUUUAAAAUGUGUCUCCUGGAAUCUCUUCCUAAAAAGAAGGCUGAUGAUGAGUUACACCAGAGGAUUCUUUCGAAACAAGAGAAGGAUUUGGAGGACUUAGAAAAGGAGCUAAAGGCCAAACUGUCCAACGCAGAUCUACUGGGCACUGGCGACUCCGAAUACAUCGCCCUGGUAGAGGUGGAGAGGAAGGAGCGUGAAUUCUCAGAGCAGCUGGUGGGCCACAUGGAAACUUUCUGGAAACAGAUGGAAAACAUCCAGCAUUUUCUUGUGGACCAAUUGAAGUGCUCCAGCUCCAGGGCCCGCCAGCUCGUGACUGCGCUGACCGAGAGAAUGACUGUGGCCCAAGGCCUGCUGCACGAGGCUCAGGACAUGCAGGCCUUGGAUGCCCUGGAGAGGACCAUGGCACGGGUGCACCUGGCCAAGGCCGUGGAGUCCCUGCGGCUGCAGGUGCAGGAGGAGACCCGCUGCCGCCUGGCCGCCAUCUCCCACGGCCUGGAGCUGCUGAGUGCCGAGGGGAAGCUGUCGGCGCGCCACAGGGAGGAACUCCUGACCCAGCAACAUAAAGCCUUUUGGGAGGAGGCGGAGCGCUUCAGCAGGCAGUUUGUCCAGCAGGGCCAAGAGCUGGCCAAAGUGUCCCUGGCUCACCACACAGAGAGGAUGACACAGCUCACACUAGCCCAGGAAGAGGAGCGGAGAAGCUUCCUGGCCGAUGCCCAGCUGAUGGCCAGCCCCAAGGAGUUCCUCCAGGCCUUCCACGGGGUCCUGGAGAGGCAGAGGCUGACGCGGAGUGACCUGGAGGAGCAGGAGGACAUCAGAGCCGCUGAGGCCAUGGUCACACUCUGCCAGGAGCUGUUCGGCAACACCGUGCAUGCCUUCCAGCGGCUGGUGGACACGCUGUUCCUGCAGACACUCCCACACCAGGCGGGGCUGCCAGGUGCCGAGUGCGAAUCCUUGCGACAGGAGGUGCAGGCCAACAUGGUGCGGCAGCUGGGGCAGUCGGACCGCUUCCGGAAGCAGCAGUGGCGCCUCUUCCAGGAGCUGCUGGAGCAAGAGGAGCAGGUGUGGAUGGAGGAGUGGGCGCUGUCCGCGGUGCUGCAGGUGCAGCUGCGGGAAGGCCACGAGAGGACCAUCCGCGCAGUGUUGAGCCGACUCGGUGGCCUCACCGACGAGUCCACGCGGGGCAUCUUGCAGGUGCAGGACCUGCUGCUGCGCUCAGCACUCCGGCGGCUGGCCCUCCGCAGCAGCGCCAUUGCCACACUCACACAGAUGAGGCUGUGCGGGAAGAAAACGCUCCUGCAGGAGCUGCGGGAGCAGCACGUGCUGGAGCAGGGCCCUUCCCAGUGCCUGGACGAGCACCAGUGGCAGCUACUCCGAGCCCUGGAGGCACGUGUCCUGGAGGAGGCCGGCCGGCUGGAGGCGGACACGCAGCAGACGCGGCUGCAGCUGCAGCAGCAGCUCCUGGCGGAGGCCCGGGAUGUCGGGCAGCUGUUGCAGCAGCACAUGGAGCAAGCCAUCGGACAGGCGCUGCUGGGGCAGGCGCGCCAUGCGGCCUCCCGGAGCCGGGCCAAGGACAGGGAUGGCUUCAAGAGGACACUGCUGGAGGCGGCCGUGGAGAGCGUGUACGUGAGCGGUGCCAGCGUCGGCCGCCUGGUGCAGGACUAUUACCAGCAGGUGGGGCGUGUCCUGCAGGAGCACGGGGAGAGGAGGCUGGCACAGCUGCGCAGCCUGCAGGGUGAGAGAACGGAAAGCUACAAACAGCGGAAAAUGGAAGAAGGCCGCGAGCCACCGACAGGGAACGGGCUGGCUGCUGGAGUGCUCGGUGCUUCACAGGCUGUACAUGACAGGAUGCUGUCCCGGCAGGCACGCUUCCUGGCCCAGUUCACCGUGCACCAGCAGGUGCGCCUGGAUGCCUACCAGCAGAAAGCCCAGGCCAUAGACAACCUGGAAGCCCAGCUCGAGACCCAGCUGCAGGAGGCCGAGCAGAACUUCCUGUCUGAGCUGGCCGCCUUGGCCCGGGUGCCGCUUGCAGACAGCCAGCUGUUCCCUACGAAGCGCAGGCUGCCAGAAAAGCCGCUCAGGACCAAAAGGAAGAGGCCCCCACCCGCGGAAAGGGGGGACCCGGGAGCACCCCUGCGUGAGGAGCAGGCCUCUGUGGAGCAGCCCGCGGCAGUGCUCAGCAAGAGGCUGAGUCAGCAGGAAAACGAAGCUGCCGAGGGUGAGGGCUCCAAGGAGACGCUGAAGAAGAGCAGUGGCUUGGAGCUCAGGGCCGCCUCCCGCCGCGGGGACCCAGCCUGAAGCCCUGCUCCUGGGAGAUGGGGCUGCCUUGACGGGGCACAGGACAGACUCUGCUUCCUGCCAUCACCUCCUACGCAACACAGCAUGGCUGGGGCGGUUUGUGUCGCUGUUAGGAUCU